ACAGCAAAGUUGAAUCCUGAGGGGUGGAGUGGAAAUAAUUGAAGAAUAAUGCGUGCCGAGGAUUGGGAUGAACUAGUCCAAGCUAAGCCUGCAGAGGAUUUAAACACGACAAAAGGCGGAAUUAAACUCAGCAUUUCUAAAUGUCUGUUGUAGCAGUUUUAUAACAGGGAAAGGACGUUAUUAGCAAAUGGGCAUCCUUAGAUGAAGCACUUGAAUGCGCCUUCUUGCCUUGUUUUACCUUAUGCAGACUUACAGCGCAGUCAGGAUGAGGCUGUGGAUUCUGUUGCUCAUUUUCCCGGUGAGCGCAUCCUCUCCUCUGUUAGCCGUAACGUCUAAAGCCAGGGAUCACCGCUGUUCUGGACGAGCCUGCAACCCCCGCAUGGGCAACUUGGCCCUGGGUAGAGUGCUGAGCACUCGGUCGGUGUGCGGCUUCAACUCCUCGGAGCCCUUCUGCUUCUACAGACAGACCUCCGCCCCCCGCAGCAGCAGGGGGUCUUGCUCGGCGGCAACGUGCAGCCGGUGUAACUCUGCCAUCCCCAGCCAGGAGCACCCUCCAUCUGCCAUGAGCGACUCCUCUUUCCGCCACCCUGACACCUGGUGGCAAUCUGCGGAGGGGGUAAAGGAGGAGACGCUCCAGCUGGAUCUGGAGACGGAGUUCCUCUUCACCCAUUUGAUCCUGGUGUUCCGCUCCCCACGCCCUGCUGCCAUGGUGCUGGAGCGCUCCCAGGACCGUGGACGCACAUGGAAGACCCUCAGAUAUUUUGCCAGAAACUGCGACGAGACGUUUGGCCUGGUGGAGGGGUCACCAGUUGGCGAGGGUGGGGCAACUUGCACCUCCAAGUAUUCAGGAGCUUAUCCUUGUAGCAGAGGAGAGGUGAUCUACCGAGCCUUGUCGCCCUGGCACUCAGUGGAUCCCUAUGGCCCGGCUGCUCAGGACCAGCUCAUGGUCACCAACCUGAGAGUCCGUCUGCUGCAGAAUCAGCCGUGCCCCUGCCAGGCCAAGCAUCCUGGUGCCUCUGCCCUCCCCACGGAUCAUUACGCCAUCUAUGAUUUUAUAGUCAAAGGCAGCUGCCUUUGCAAUGGACACGCCGACCACUGCGAACCGGCCCGUGCCCACCUUUCCGGCACACAGAACAUCAGCAACAUGGUCCACGGCAAGUGUGCCUGCAGACAUAACACGGCCGGCGAGCACUGCGAGCGCUGCGCACCUCUCUACAACGAUCAACCCUGGCAGGCCGCCAACGGCAUCACGGGGACGGCGCACGAGUGUCAGAAGUGCAAGUGUAACAGCCACGCCAGGAGCUGUCACUUCAGUCGAGGGCUGUGGCUCGCAACGGGGCGACGGCGUGGCGGGGUGUGCGACGACUGCCGCCACAACACGGAGGGCCGUCACUGCCAGAGCUGUAAGAAGGGCUUUUACAGAGAUCCCAGCCGACCAAAAAUGGCACCUGACUCCUGCAAAGCCUGUUCUUGCCACCCUGUCGGCUCAGUCCACUCAGGUGGCAGCACUCUCUGCAACCCUAACACCGGGGAGUGCACUUGUAAGCCCGGUGUCGGAGGCUCCUACUGUGACAGCUGCACGACGGGAUACUGGGGGCUUAAUGAAUACGGCUGCCGUCCGUGUGACUGCACGGGGGACUGUGACCCCUACACUGGUGACUGCAUUUCUGGCUCAGAUGUGGAGGUCUUCUAUACAGCCAGUGGCCACAUGGGACACAGCAGCAAAUAUAGUGAGACGGCACUCUUUAGGGUAGAGGAGCUUUUCUCUGCACUGCACCACUCCGAGAAAUGUGAAUGCAUAGAGGUAACCCUUGGCAACCCUAAACUCUUCUGUGCUGCAGAGUUUGACUAUGUACUGGUGGCAAAGGUGAUGUCAGCCCACGACAAAGGCUCUCACGCAGAGGUGAAGGUCAAGGUCAAGAAGGUGUUGUAUCAGAACCCUCAGAUGAAGAUCCAGAGGGGAAGUGUUACCCUUUACCCAGAGUCCUGGACCACCCACGGCUGUACCUGCCCCAUCCUCAACCCAGGAUCUGAGUAUGUGGUGGCUGGUCAUGAAGACUGGAAGAAAGGCCGACUUAUUGUUAACACCAAGAGCUUUGUUAAACCUUGGAAGGCAAGCCUCGGACGCAAACUCCUCCACAUCCUCAGAAAACACUGCGGCCACUGGUAGGGAACCGCCGAGAAGUGCAGUGGACGCAGCUGGCAGCAGGACUGUCUGAAUUAGGCCUCACUUGGACAUGAAAGUGAAACCACUGCCUAUUUCUUUUAUUUUUUUUCCACGGUCCAUGGUCUCAGAACAAAAGGGGGAAAAAGCUAUAGGACUGAGGUUGUGAACCUGUGAUAAAAAUAAGCAUGUGAGAGCAGAUACCUUCCAGACUACAGUCACUGUAGGAUCAAAGAGAACAAAGCAGACCGUAAAAACCUUCAUCCGCACAAAGCUGUCUGAAUUGUAUUCCUGUUAUGCUGUGCCUCAGCUCAUAAAACUUUCAAGAUUAUUUAUAAAGCAGCAAGAAGUGCAUAUUAAAUACUCAAUUAUACUUCAUUUCCUGGCUCGAUUUCCUCGCUGUCGGAGCUCACGAGCCAAAAAACAGUCGCGUCCUGCUGUAUCCACUUUAUGGAAGACUGUUUACUUUGAAAUUUCGCAAAGGCACAGACUGAAUGAUCCGUGUCGUCACACAGAUAUUGCCGAUAAAUCAUGAACGAGUAAACAUCAGGCAGCGUGUGUGGAAGAGUACAUAUGCUAGAUGUCCUUGGUGGUGAGUCUGGGACUGUGCAGGUCAGAACAAGUAACUCCGGGAUGAAGGGAGAGGAUGAAAAAACAUUAAAGGAAUCAGACGGCUUAAAUCUGAGCAGCUCCACUUUACUCUGGGCCACUCGCCCCCCUGCUGACUGAUGAGAACAAAACCCUCUCUGCAUACAACAGGCUAAAACACUUGGGAUUUGUUUGCUCUUAUAGCCAGCUUGCUACGAAAGGAUUUCACCUUCUUUGGAAGACCUGCUUCCACAUGAGGAGGAUUCGCUUGACAAGACCUCCCUUAAGUCAGCCCUGCAGGAGGCGGUGCGUGUUUGGGUGUUGCAAAUGCUCUCUGAACAUAUGCUUCUCUUUUUGGCCUGUGACUCCUGCUGCCUCAAAAUAAAUAUGUAUUAAAAGCCGGGGUAUUAAUGGACAUCACAGUGUAUCAGAUCCGGAGUCCACAAGCCACUUUAGAGCCAGCCCCCGGUUAAGAAUAGGCCUGGUCUGCUGUCUCCAAGGAGAAAGGACAAACUGUAUGAGGGGACACGAUGCAUUCCUCAGCCAUAGCAUCAUCACCCAUGCCCUUGUCUGAAAGACUUUGCCAAAAUAAGAGAAAUGGACUGGAAAUUUUCUUUUAGAGGACAAGGUGGUGAUUUUUUUAAAUUUUUUAGGGUGAAUUAAUGUGCUCUGUCGUCAUCGUGAUGCUUGCAACGCUGUUUCUGUGUCCUGUCCGUUCUGUUUCAUCUAAACUGCAUAAACUAAACAUCAGUGUGCUCAUUCUUAAUGCUUCUGGGAAAAAUCGGUUUCAUUCCUCGGUCACAUUAUGCAGAAGCACCAGGCUAUGAAUAAACAGCCUGAUGUGCCUUACUGCAUCAUCUUCACCAGCAGAGGUGGCUGACUGAUAUUUAACCCAUGUUUGAGUACCGCCCUCCGUUGGUUAAAAGAGAGAAAUACACAUGUACGUGGUUAAAGUUUGACAUCAUUUGACAUUUUUGCUUACUAGCUAAGAAAAGAGGGAGCAAUAUAAGUGGAAACAAUAAACAUUCACUGUUGUAAUGUUUAUUUUUGGUCAAACUCUUUCUUAAGACGGAGGUUUUUCCUCAGGUUUCAGCACUGCAGCACAGCCUGCAUUAGGUUUUGGAGUAGUCUUCCUAAUAAACUGUAAAACUGCUGUGUAUCGGUGAUGUCUCUAGAGCUGCCAGAGAGCUCCAUGAACUUGAAUGCAGCAUUGGAUGCAAGAUUUAUAACAAUUUAUUUCUUAUAAAACUGCCUCAAAUUAAAAUAAAGCAAAGAAAUGUAGAAGUAGAAAUAUUUGAUAGCGGUUUCGUUUUCCUCACAUGAGCUUAACAAGGCAAUAAAGCACAGCAUGUUCAGGCAAGGUGCGAGCACCUAAACCUCCUUUUUUUUGCAUGAUUCU